GGCACCUUUCUCACUGUUGCGUCAACCAAAAUCCACUUGAGCUGAGCUCGCACUUUGGCUGGCCAGGCACGAAAGGUGUCGUUCGAAGGUUACAUGUGGAAGGAAGGACGUCGUGUACGCGUCGAUGCUACCCAUACUCUCUCUGUUCAUGCUUUCUCGAUGCGCCACUAGCUGGCAUGAGCUCGACAGGUGCUGAAGGUCCGAUGUAGCCUUUUGCCUGAACAGUUUGUUUGUCAGAGAGCUGAAUCAGACUCUAUGGGGAGCUCGGGUAAGUACAUCAUGUGGCAGAUGUUCUUCACCUAUCGAUGGAUCGGGCAAAAGCAGACUAUUCUCUAUCCUGUGUAGGCUCGCUCUGGUCAAACGAGGUCGUUCGGUCUGAAAAAGCCACGGUGCAAUCUUUUGCACCGAUCUUGUUAGGGAAUGCAGGUGAAAAGUUGCCCAGAUGCAUAUAUAAUAACGAGAGAUACUCCUCUACAAUCAACGCGGUGGAGAUGAAAACUGCCAGGGGAGCUGCUGCUUGGGUCCCGAGCACAUGUACAUGUAUCAAGAAAUUCCGGAUGUGGUUGGAUCUUUGGAAUCCGAUGGAGGAUUGCUUGGGUCUGUAGUAAAUUUAUCAUCGUACGCCAUAGUGGUUGUCACAGUGCUGGACAAUCAAUGUGUUAUGAUUGAGCCAAAUAUCUUACACUCGAUUCGAGGGCGUGCGCUCGUACCUGUAUCAAUUUCACAGAGCAGGAAGAGCAACUCUGCUUUCUGUUUGUUCUCGGCCUUGCUUCGCAGAUAUUUGAAGGCACUAACAUAAAUCUCACUGCAGAAGUCAAACGAUGGUAAUGAUAGUCAUUGACAGAGCACCUGAAAAGAACGCUGGAUUGUCAGCAAGUAUAAACUCUGUAAUCAGACUGAACAAAGUUUAAGCUAAAAUUAAUUGGAUUCUCCUACUCAUGAAAUCCAACAUGUCGAGAAC